AUAAGAAGCCACGCACAACUUCCUAGAAAUAUUGAUCUUAACCAGUUUUAAUCUUUCAACUGGUAUAGAAAGGAUCAAAGCAUAAUAAUAGAGAUUUUCAUAUAUUUCAAUACCCCAACAACUUCCUCUUUCUCUACCAAGUUAUCUAUUUCUACGUCUGAAGGUCAGUUUAUUUGUCUAUAUAUCUGUUCAAGGAAGAAGAAGAAGUGCAUACACUUGACAAUUUUUUGACUUAAACAAGUUCAAGUAAGCAGAAGGGAAAAUGGACGAUAAAAUGCGGGCUUCAAGAAGACAAACAAGCCGGAGUAUGAGCAGAAGCAUUGGGAGAAGUCUAAGUAGGGCUAACUGGAAUGUGGAGGAUGUUUUUUCCGGCUCCACGAAUAGGCGGAGUGCUCGAGCCGAGGAAGAUGAAGAAGCUCUACGAUGGGCUGCUCUCGAAAAGUUACCAACUUACGACAGAUUAAGAAAAACUGUCCUAAAAUCCUUCGAAGAAACUGCGAAUCAAGCCAGUAAGGUUGUGCACAAGGAGGUUGAUGUGAGAAAACUUGACAUGAAUGAUCGACAAGAAUUUAUCGACCGGCUUUUCAAGGUUGCUGAGGAAGAUAACGAAAAGUUUUUGAGGAAGUUUAGGAACAGAAUUGACAGAGUUGGAAUUACCCUUCCUACAGUAGAAGUGAGAUAUGAACACUUAACCGUGGAGGCCGAUUGCUUCGUAGGCGACAGAGCUCUUCCGACUUUACCAAACGCUGCUCGUAAUAUCGUUGAGACAGCAUUAACUUGUUUCGGCAUCAGACUGGCUGAGAAAACAAAACUCACAAUAUUAAAAGAUGCUUCUGGGAUCAUAAAACCGUCUAGGAUGACACUUCUAUUAGGGCCACCGUCGUCCGGGAAAACAACACUUUUGUUAGCUCUGGCCGGAAAGUUAGACCCGACCCUAAAGACAAGGGGAGAAAUCACAUAUAAUGGGCAUCAACUCAAUGAAUUUGUCCCUCAGAAAACAUCAGCAUACAUUAGCCAGAAUGAUAUUCAUGUAGGAGAAAUGACAGUCAAAGAAACCCUGGAUUUCUCAGCUAGGUGUCAAGGAGUUGGAUCCCGAUACGAACUUUUGACUGAGCUUGCAAAAAGAGAAAGGGAUGCCGGUAUCUUUCCCGAGGCAGAGGUUGAUCUUUUUAUGAAGGCAACUGCAAUAGAAGGAGUUGAGAGUAGUCUCAUUACAGACUAUACUCUUAGGAUAUUGGGGCUUGACAUGUGUCGAGACACAAUUGUCGGGGAUGAAAUGAUACGAGGGAUUUCUGGAGGACAAAAGAAACGUGUCACAACUGGGGAGAUGAUUGUUGGGCCAACCAAAACACUGUUUAUGGACGAAAUAUCAACGGGUCUAGACAGCUCCACAACAUUUCAGAUAGUAAAGUGCUUGCAACAAAUUGUACACCUUACUGAAGCAACCGUCUUGAUGUCUCUCCUCCAGCCAGCUCCAGAGACAUUUGAACUCUUCGAUGAUAUCAUUCUCUUAUCAGAAGGCCAGAUUGUCUAUCAGGGUCCACGAGAGCACGUCCUUGAGUUCUUUGAGAGCUGUGGAUUCAAGUGUCCAGAGAGAAAGGGAACUGCCGAUUUCUUGCAAGAGGUGACAUCAAGAAAAGAUCAGGAACAAUAUUGGACAGACCGAAGCAAACCAUACACAUACAUUCCAGUAAGUGAGUUCGCAAAAAGAUUCAAGCAUUUCCAUGUGGGUCUUCGCCUUGAAAAUGAACUCUCAGUUCCUUAUGACAAGAGCCGAAGUCAUAAGGCAGCUCUAGUGUUUAAAAAGUACUCAGUCCCGACAAGAGAACUUCUCAAAGCCAACUUCGACAAGGAAUGGCUAUUGAUCAAAAGAAAUUCUUUCGUCUAUGUAUUCAAGACUGUCCAAAUCAUCAUUGUGGCAAUCAUCACAUCUACCGUCUUUUUGAGAACUGAAUUACACACUAGGAAUGAAAAUGAUGGUGCUGUAUACAUAGGUGCACUAUUGUUUAGCAUGAUAUGCAAUACGUUCAAUGGUUUCUCUGAGCUCUCUCUCGCCAUACAGAGACUUCCCGUCUUCUACAAGCAGAGGGACCUUCUUUUCCAUCCACCCUGGGCAUUCACCCUGCCAACGAUUCUACUAAAAAUACCCAUAUCAAUAUUUGAGACUAUUGUGUGGAUGGUCAUUGCAUACUACACCAUUGGAUUUGCCCCCGAAGCUAGCAGGUUCUUCAAGCAACUAUUGUUGAUAUUUGUGAUCCAGCAAAUGGCAGGGGGAAUAUUCAGGUUCACUGCAGCAAUAUGCAGGACCAUGAUUAUCUCAAACACUGGUGGUGCUCUUACCCUUCUGCUUGUGUUCCUUUUGGGUGGUUUCAUCCUUCCUAGAGAAAAAAUUCCAGUCUGGUGGAGGUGGGGUUACUGGGUUUCACCCCUGAGCUAUGGUUACAAUGCGAUCGCAGUAAAUGAGAUGUUUGCUCCAAGAUGGAUGAACAAAAUGGUAAAGUUCUAUACAUUUCCUUCAACUUUUGUUUCAUUUGGUCUUUUGCGAAAUAAGGCUCUAGUGAAAGAGUUGAGUACACCCCCUCCUGGGGCAAAAGACCUAUAUUUUCCCACACAGUACUCUCAAGCCACAUGGGGUCAAUUCAAGUCCUGCCUCUGGAAGCAAUGGUGGACUUACUGGAGAACUCCUGAUUAUAAUCUAGUGAGAUACUUCUUCACUUUGGCUUGUGCACUCAUGGUAGGGACAAUUUUCUGGAGAGUUGGCACAAAAAGGGAAAGUAGUGCAGAUCUUUUGACUAUCAUUGGGGCCAUGUAUACUUCUGUGUUGUUUGUUGGAAUCAAUAACUGCUCAACCGUACAGCCAAUAGUAGCCAUCGAAAGAACUGUAUUCUAUAGGGAAAGAGCAGCAGGAAUGUACUCAGCGUUGCCAUAUGCCAUCGCACAGGUCAUUGUAGAAAUACCAUAUGUCCUUGUUCAGACUACGUAUUAUACUCUUAUAGUGUACGCUAUGGUGAGCUUUCAGUGGACAGCUGCUAAAUUCUUUUGGUUCUUCUUUGUGAACUUCUUUUCCUUCCUCUACUUCACAUACUAUGGAAUGAUGACUGUCUCCAUCACGCCAAACCACCAAGUGGCAGCAAUCUUUGCAGCAGCUUUUUAUGCACUUUUCAAUCUAUUCUCUGGUUUCUUUAUCCCUAGACCAAGUAUUCCCAAAUGGUGGGUAUGGUACUACUGGAUUUGCCCAGUGGCAUGGACAGUGUACGGACUGAUUAUAGGCCAGUAUGGAGACAUGGAGGAAACCAUUACAGUGCCUGGGAUGUCCUCCGCCCCUAUGAUUAAAAAUUAUAUUCAAGAUCAUUUUGGUUAUGAUCCCAACUUUAAAGGACCAGUUGCCGCAGUGUUGGUUGGUUUCACGGUCUUCUUCGCAUUCUUAUUUGCCUAUUGCAUCAAGAAACUGAACUUCCAAAUGAGGUAGGAUCGAUUGGUAAUCAAAGCAAAUUGUAUAUAAAUUUAUCAAGCAUCUCCAGGUAGAAUAAGAAAAUGUUUGUAGAAGCCUAUAUUAAGUUAAAAUCAUAGAAUAGAGUAUGCUUCCUUCUCCAUCCCCAAAGUUAUAAGUUCACACUUCCCUGAUAGGGUGAAUGUGUGUGUAUUCCUAAGUUUUGAGACCUACAUAGAUGAAAUGUAAUUAUUUCUUGAAUUUUGUUAAAUUAUAUCCAAAAAAGUUAUCUUUGUGGGGAA